GUCCUAAGUUGUCCACUUGCCUAAGUCCCCUACCUAAAAUGAGAUUCAUAAACCUGCUCAGUGCCCCACUUGGCCAGGUUGACCGCUUAAGUUUGAGUGCACCACUUAUCUUUCUUGAAAAGACAUUCCCAGGUACCCGUGUCACAUUUCUUGUGGAUUUGCGCUUGUUGUAACUGCAUUGUUCAUUGAUCAUGGGCAUUCAAAUGUGCAUUCUGUAGGGCCUACACCAUAGGAGAUACAGAUUAACAGGCAGACGAGACACAUUUAGACAAAGUGCAUGUACUUGCUCGUUAAUUAUGGGGAGGAAACCGAACUUUUCUGAUGCGGAAAAAAUCCGCCUCAUUGAGGCGUACGAUGCUCGGAAAGGGUUACUAGUGGGGAAGUUUUCGUCAAAUGUUUCAUCGAGGCGCAAACAUGAUGCUUGGCUUGAAAUAACAGAUAACGUAAAUAGUCGAAAUCCGCAUGUUGUGCGAGAAAUGACAGAACUACAGAAAAAGUGGCAGAAUCUGACAUCAGCUAUGAAGGACGAAUAUAGGGAAUACAAAAAAGCGCUAGGAAAGACAGGUGGUGGACCCCCUCCUAAGGAACCGUCGAUAAUUUCACAGAAAGUUGCAGCUGUUAUUGGCGAAGAUGAUCCAUCCGUGUAUGGUAUAGAUGGCGGCUUUGAUAGCGGUGCACCGAAACCUAAAAUCGCUACAUCAGUAAAUACUGUCCCGCGCCUGAAUAUCACCCACAGCGUUGCAACCAACGACAGUUCUUUCAGCGAGAAUGAGGAAGAGAAUCAAACUGAGUCUUUUCUUCAAGAACCCAAGAUGCGGACACAAAAACGAAAAGCUUCAUCAUCCCUUGGUUGUGCCUCGGCAGCCCUCGCCAGUACCUCAACUAAAUUCCAAAGAUUGGUGCAGCCUUCUCCUGUGAGGUCUUCAUUGCCUAAUCCUUGCCCACCGCUUCCCAAGAACACUGAAAAGGAUAAAACCCUAAAGAAUUUAGGAAAUACGGACGAGAUGGUAGUACUGCAGAAAGAACUGCUUGCUUCUGAGAAGGAAAGAUGUGCGCUCGAGAUGGAUAAGCUUAAACUUGAAAAGGAAAAAUUGGUUCUAGAAAUUAAAUUGUUGAAAAUGAAAACAAGUAAGAUGGAGAAGGAGAUGGAAAAUGCUUCUGUAAAUUCAUUUCAGGCAAACGAUGAAAACAUAUUUACACAGUUGUAAAUAUUUGUCAAAAACCUUUGAAAACAAAUAAAUUGUGUGUAUGAGCAUAUAAUAGAUACGUAUUUGUUACACUUACUUGCCUUAGAAAUGUUGCUGGACAA